AUGACCCCGCCUGGCAGAGCGACCUUCUCCAUAUUCGCGCCCCUCGACGGCGACGAAGACUCCUCUUCCUCCGCCACCGCGGUCCCGUCCGUCCCUCCCUCCGCCCACCGCCAGACCCCGCGUCCCUCCACUCUGCCCUCGACGGCCACCGCCAGGAAGGAGAACUAUGUCAUCGAGCACCAGAAAGCCUGCGCGUCGUUCCCGUAUGAGACUUCUUCGCUUGGGCCGCAGGACUCGUGGACGCCCAGCUUCAUGUCGUAUUACUCAAUGGCCAUGAUAGCGCCCUUUCCUUCCAUGCUCAUAUACGGGCCCGAACUGGUGCUUAUAUACAACGCGGAAUUCGGACACGUCCUCGGUCUCGACCCCGGCAUCUACUUCGGCCGCUCCUUCUCUGAACUCUGGGUCGGCUCCGAUCUCAACUUUGAACUCUCCGAGGCCCUGCGAACAUGCACCACCACCGGCCGCUCCGUCACAAAAGAGAACCUCCUCUGCUUUGUCACAAACCCCGACACCUUCUCCGAAGGCGGCAUGAACAAAGAAGCCUAUCUCACUUGGAAACUCACCCCCGUCACCGAGGCUGAUGGCACCAUAUCUGGCGUGUUCGCCUCCGUCCAAGAUACCACAGACGCCGUUCUUUACGAACGCCGCAUGCAGGUCCUCAAAGAACUCUACGACGCCACCGGAUCUGCUGAAGUCCUCGACGUCUUCUAUACCCAAUCAGUCUCCGUCCUCCGUCGCGCCUGCGCCGAAGACAUCGCUCUCUUCGGUCUCUAUGUUCUCGACUCUGGUACUGCCAAAACCCUUCGCUAUCGUUGCGGGUUCGGCCUUCGAAACUUCCCAGAUCGGAUAUCGUUCAGUCCAGAGCAGGAGCUGUUCGAGCAAGCUAUCUUAGAUUCCAGCUUAUCUGCCGUCUACAUCACCGCAAUGGCCGACGGCUUCAGAAACUACAUUGAAUACGAUCCAGCUCGGGGCUGGAGCGAGGAAAUCAUUGAACUCGUGUUUCUGCCCGUCAUGCGCGACAACAACUCCGUCGUGGGCGUCGCAGUCAUCGGACUAAAUCCCCGGCGACCAUUCGACGAGCCCUACGAACUCUUUCUCGAACUCCUCGGUCGCCAGCUCGCAACCGGUAUCGACAACCUUCGACAUCUUGAAGAAGCUUCAGACAAGCUGAGCUGGGAAGUCACGCUCAGCACGCGCAAACGUCAAGAACUCGAGCAACUUUUACAGGAAAAGACAAAGCAGCUGCAAAUCAGCGAGGGCCGAUUCAGUCGUAUGGCGAAAAUUCUCCCCGCCGGACUCUUUCUCGCCUCGCCCGAGGGCGAGGUCAUGUACGCCAACGACGCUUGGUACAAGCUAUCGUCCUACCCCAAAGACGGCAACCCGUCGUUCUGGAUCAAGGCCGUACAUCCCGGCGACCGGGCGCUCGUGCGCGAGAGCUGGCGUCGCGUGAUGCUCGGCAAGUCCGAGCGGAUCGAAUUCCGCUGGGCGCACCGGCCGGGCGAGGUGUCGAAAGUCGAACGGUGGUGCGCAAGCGCUGUCUCGGCGGAGUUUGAUAGCGAGACCGGUAAGCUUUCGACGCUGACGGGCGUCUGGACCGACAUCACCGAGCGGAAACAGUCGGAGGCGUUACAGCGGCAACGCGCUGACGACGCUGUGGAGAGGAAACGGCAGCAGGAGUAUUUCAUCGACGCGAUUUCGCACGAGAUGCGGAAUCCGCUGAGCGCAAUCAUGCAAAGCAUCGACGUUGCGUCUGAGAGGCUCAAGUCGCUCGAGUGGAUGAUUGAGGACAGUUUCGAUAGAGGCAGCACUCUGUUUGAUGCGCAGGCGUUUAAAGACGGCAUGGCUGAAACCACCGAGGCACUGGGGAUGAUGGAUCUUUGUACAAGCCAUCUGAAUCGGAUCAUCACAGAUACAAUCGAUCUGAGUAAGAUGGAGUCUGGACUGUUCCCGGUCAAUCCUGUUUCAUGCCAGCCGGUGACUGUCGUGAGAGAGGUCUUGAAGAUGCACGAGCACGAGUUGAAGAAUAUGGCUAUAGACUACAGUAUUGAGAUUGGGGAGAACUUUAGAGAGAUUGGGAUCAACACAGUACUUAUGGAUCCCUUGCGCGUGCGACAGGUUUUGAUCAACCUGAUCUUGAACGCCAUGAAAGUGCUUUCUUCUUGGGAAAACGAGAAGAAGCUGAUUAUCAAACUGGACGCGUCGCUCACAAAGCCGACGUUCCAGUCCCACAACAACGCGUCGUUUUAUCUGCAGCAUCCAGCAGUAGCCGAAGCCACGGAGCGGAGAAACUCGUCUGCGAAUGUGGUGUAUCUGCUAUUUUCGGUCAAAGACACGGGAUCCGGUAUGGACCCUGAGCAGCUCGCGACCGCGUUCCAGCGGUUCACGUCGCAUUUCGCGCCGCGGACACAUGUGCACUAUGGAGGCACGGGUCUGGGACUGUACGUUUCGCGCAAGUUGGUUGAGAAUCAAGGAGGCGAGAUCAUGGCGGAGACGAAGAAAGACCAUGGCUCGGAGUUUGUGUUUUACAUCAAGGCGCACAUGAAAGAGCAAGACGAGGACGACACCGAUCUGGCGGAUAUAACCGAGAGCGUUACGCUCGACGAGGAAGAUGACGAAGGUCGGUUUUCGCGGUCGCGGAUCCGGAGCUCGGAAAGCAAGUUUUUGACGACGGCGUCGUCGUCGAUGACUAGUAUGUCUAGUAUACGGAUGAGCCGGUCGAAUCGGUCGAGCUUGAUUGUGCAGGACAAUAUAAUCAACCAGAAACUACUAAACCGACAAUUCAUCAACGCCGGCUUUGCGACAGUCAUAGCAAACCAUGGACAAGAAGCCGUCGACAUCGUGAUGUCGGGCGAAGACCCGGAUUGCUGUAUUAUGGACUACGAGAUGCCAGUAAUGGACGGCUUCACGGCCGUGUCGAAGAUCCGCGAGCUCGAGCGGCAGAAUAAAAAGAAACGGAGAAGACGAAGGAGACAUGGUCGGUUGCCGAUUAUUGCGCUCUCGGCGAAUACGCGACAGGUGCACUUUGAUAGAAUGCUCGCCGCGGGAUCGGAUCGAUAUGUGACUAAACCUUUCAGUUUUCCAAAGCUGGUGGAGGUGGUUAAUGAGUUGCUCCAUGCCUCAUCAGGCGAGCGGACGCAGGGAUGA